ACAGUUGUUGUAUAAAUGUUAAAUUUGAGUAUUUUUACAGGCUUGCGUACACCAAAAGAUGGCUUACGUCGUCUCCUUCAAAUGGAAGAGUCAAAAGGCAUAUGGACACAAAAAAUGCAAAUGAGACUUGAUAAGAAAUGGGUUAUUAUUAUUGAUAAUGAAAAUGGAGAUAUUGUUGAAAGAUUUCCUAUGUCACUCAUAAGUGAUCCAAUUGCUUACACAAGUGAUGAUCCAAGAGAACUAUAUAACAACAUUCUUAUUUUUAUUGUAAAAGGAGAUCCAAAGAACAAGAAUCAUUCUCCAUCUGAAAUGCAUAUAUUUCAAUGUGCACGUGUUAAAGCACAUGAAAUAGUUGAUGAAAUGAAGAUGUUUAUGAGUGGCAAAUGGAAAAGAGGAUACAAAGAGAAUUCUCAUCACAUACCUCCUCCACCUGUUAAUCCACCACCUGAUCCUCCUGCAAAUGGAAUUAAUGUUAAAGAACAAGUUAAUAUGUUUAAUGCUAAUACUACAGGCUCACCAAGACAUAGUGCAUUGCAUCAGUCACAAAGUGGUUCUCAACCAAGAAUAGAUGGUAUGGAAAGGACAACAAGUUAUGGAAGAGAAUCAAAUGAUGAAACUAGCUCUACUGGUAGUGAUAAAUAUGAAAAAGAUGUUGCAAUAUUAAAUCAUUGUUUUGAUGACAUUGAGAGGUUUAUUGCUCGACUACAGCAUGCAGCAGCAGCUUUUAAAGAAUUAGAAAGAAGAAGAAAAAGUCGCAAAAACAAGAAAAAAGACAUGGGAGAUGGUAUGUUAAGUAUGAGAGCAAAACCACCUCCAGAAAGACAUUUUGUUGAUAUUCUUCAAAAAUUCAAGCUGUCAUUCAAUUUAUUAGCUAAGCUGAAGAGCCAUAUUCAUGAUCCUAAUGCCCCAGAACUUGUUCAUUUUUUAUUUACUCCUCUUGCACUUAUUGUUGAUGCUGCAAAAGAUUCAAAUUACAGUUCAAAUUUACCAGCAAGAGUUGUUACACCUUUACUAACAAGAGAAGCAGUCGACCUCUUAAUGAAUUGUUGUACAUCUAAAGAAACAGAUCUCUGGAAUAGUCUUGGUGAUGCUUGGCUCAUACCAAGAGAUCAAUGGAAAGGAUAUGAAGGAAAUUACCAUCCUAUAUUCUCAGAUGGUUGGGCACCUGAAUAUCCAUUUUCAGAGGAUAGAGAACGAGCUGAAAUAACAGCUGCAGCUGCUGCAUCUGCUGCUCAGAGAUUUAGAAGAGAUGAAAUUCGGCAAGCUCAAGAAGAGGCUGAAUUAAGAGAGAGAGAAUAUCAUCGAGUCUCUUCACAUGAUAGAGACAGUCGAUAUGGUAGCGAAUAUUAUUACAGCAGUGAGUGUGGAGAACGAGAAAGGUCAGGAUCACCUGCUGUUCCUUCAGAACAGAUGCCAUAUCAUCAGGGAUACGAUAAUCGACAAUAUGAUUCACGUCGUAUAGAAAUACCAAGAAGAGAUGUGUAUGCUGAAAGGGGAGCGUCACCAUCUCCUCUUUUAGGAAGAGAAUAUCAUGAUAGAGAUGCUCGCUCAGAAUUAAGUGCUGAUUCUGACCAAGUUCCAUCACAUCUUGAUCCAUACCGGCAAUAUGAUAGACAUCAGCAGUGGUUAGAUGACUUAAGAAUGCAAGGAGCAAAGAUUGUGCAAGUAAUGUAUCCAAGAACAGCUAAUAAUGAUAAAGAAUUAACAAUUGUUAGAGGAGAAUGCUUGGAGGUUUUAGAUGACAGUAGAAAAUGGUGGAAAGCAAGAAAUAUUCGUGGACAGAUUGGUCAUGUUCCUCAUACAAUAGUAACACCAUAUACAGGAGGUGUUGUUGAAGAUGAUGUUUUUAAUAAUCCAUUAUAUGCAACUAGAGGAGGAAGAGAUUAUUACAGUCCUAGUGGUUCUCCAGUUGGAAGAGAGUGCCUUGUUUCUGGACCUGCUCCACGAGAACAUUUUCCAAAUCAGUCACCUAAUCAGAUGCCUCCAUCAGGAACUGGUGAUUGGGUUCGUAGAGAACGGCAAGGGAAGAAAGAAUCACCAAGUGUAUCCAGCAGUUUAGAGGAAGCAGCUGUUUCAGCUAGAUCUGCAUCACCAGCAGAAGGAAGAACAAAAACUUCAAAUGGACCAGCAUCUCCUAAAAUUACUGCUGUUCAGUGCCCUCCACCUCCUCCACCACCUCUUCCAACAGAGAAAAGUAAGAUUUUUUCACUUAUAAUAAAUGAUGAUAAAAGUUUAUUCUUAGUUAUUGCAUAUUUAACUUAUUCAAUAUUUAAUACAUAGAGGUAAAAUUAACAG